CCAUCAUCACGUCUUCCAUCAGCGUCCAGUCUUUAUUUCUGCUAUUUGUUCCUGAAAAGACUCUUUAAACGAGCCGACACGUCAUUCGCAUAGCAUGAGGAGGAGUCUUACCAAGGGCGCUGCGUUGGCGCGCUCACGCGUUCCGGCUCGAACUUUCGUUGCGACGCCGACGGCUGGGUAUGGCAGAACAGCGGCGUACAGGAGAAUAACGAGCAAUGCGUCACGAUCGCAAAGCACUUUCUUGUCCAGCAUCCAAUGCCCUUCUCCGUCUACGAUCACCCCUCUCCUGCAUUCGUCACUCUCUCCAUCAGCCGUCCUCUCUAGAACCACGGCAAGCUACAUCCGGCAGUUUUCAUCACAAUCAAGGCUGCAGCAACAAACAGCUAGAUCUAAGGAUGAUGUAAGAGAAGAUUCACCUACUUCUGAGCAGGAGGCAAAGAAAUCUGCCUCUGAAUCAGGAGCUGAGGACGAAAAAUCUUCGGAGGGUAAAGCUGGGGAGCCAGGUAAAGAAGAAUCCAAGCAGAAGGAAGAGGCGCCUCCACCUCCUCACGGGGACAAAACGCCGUGGCAAGUCUUUACCGAAACUUUGCGUAACGAGUUCAAGGCUUCUAAGGAAUGGAAUGAAUCUACCAAGCAGAUUGCAGCUGGCUAUCAGGACUUCACACAGAACCCAAACUUGAAGGCUGCGCAAUCCGCAUUUCAGAAGAGUUCAGAGGUUGUGACCGGUACUGCUGGUUCUGCUCUUAAGAAGACAGCUAGCGCCAUUGGCUCAAGUGCUGCUUGGACCUGGGACACCAGUGUGGUCCGAGGCAUCAGAAAGGGUGCCAACGUUGUUGGCAGUGGCUUGGAAAAAGCUACACGACCAGUAAGAGAAACAGAAGCCUUCAAGAGCGUCAAGGAGACUAUCGAUGAUGGCAGCUCAUCGAGAUAUGGGGGUUGGUCUGAUAAGGAUGAGCGAAGGCGCAAAAGAGAGUUGAGGGAAGCAAAGCUGCUCGCCAAGAGCGGCAGCAAACGGAUAGAACCAGCUGUAGAGGAUCCAAAUGCCGGGACCAACGUCACGGUCCAUAAGGAUGCUGCGUGGAAGGAGAAGUGGCGUGAGUUCCGAGACAACUCUCCCAUUGCACAGCGCUUCUUUGAAAUGAAAAAUACCUAUAAUGAGUCCGAGAAUCCACUCAUUAGCACGGCCCGCAGCAUUAGCGAUCGGGUUGCUGGUUUUUUCGCCGAGAACGAAACGGCCAUGGUGAUCAAAAAGUUCCGGGAGAUGGAUCCAUCCUUUCAGAUCGAACCCUUCCUUCAAGAACUGCGAGAGUACAUCCUGCCAGAGGUGUUAGACGCAUAUGUUAAAGGCGACACCGAAACGCUAAAACUGUGGCUGAGCACGCCGCAGUACCAAGUUUAUGAGGCACUGAUGAAGCAAUACACUACUGCAGGCCUGAAGAGUGACGGCAAAAUCCUAGACAUCCGACACGUGGACAUUUUGAAUGCAAGGCUUCUGGAAAAUGAGAUCCCAGUGUUUAUCAUCACGUGCCGGACGCAGGAAGUGCACGUGUAUAGGGAUAUCAAGACUAACAAUCUGAUGGCUGGUAUGGAUGACAAAGUCCAGCUUGUCACGUAUGCAAUUGGCGUGACGAGGAUUCCAGAGGAUGUCAAUAACCCAGAGACGAGGGGCUGGCGUCUCAUCGAGCUGCAAAAGAGUGCCAGAGAUUACAUAUGAUCUUGGAGACAACAAUUACACUCCAAAUUUCAUGACGCAAUCUCAGCAGACUCACGCCUGAUGUAUAUACAUCUGUGGCGUAGAAGGCGACGUUUGAAGCAGACAAAGCAUUGCUGCGGCGUUUGAGGACGGUCUGGUCUGAAAAAGUUGCAUUUUGGAGCCUGCAAUCUUCACUGUACAUAUUACCUGUUCGAGCCGGCCGCGACAGCGUAGGCGACGCGUGCUUUUGGUCUGUACUAAUGGCUCGUGGUUGGGAGUUUAUCACAAGCAACCAUCUGAGCAUCUAGAGCGAUACUUCGCAAGUUCUCCCCUCGUGUGUAAUCAUAUAGCUUGUAGUUUUGAAAACCCGGGUCAAUGAGACUCAAUUGAUGACUGUUCCGUACUGUUAG